UUCCGCGGCGGCAACCUACCAUGUAGAAGCAAAGAGGUUUCUUCUGAUCAUGCUGAUGAAAGCCUUUCAUUUAAGUUUUGGAUCCAAUUUAGAAAAUUAAUACAGCGAUGGGUUUAGGACAGUCAAAAAAAGCAAGUCUUGAAAGCCACUCGGAUUUCAAAGCGGUGCGUGCUUCCAGACAGAGUUCCGAGCAAUCCAUCAAAUCGGAGCGUUUCGUCUCACCUCCCACGUCUCCCAUCCCGGGCUUCCACAGCUUCGCCCCGGUCGACGGAACCCAACGCGCCACUAAAACAAAACCUUUGGGUUUCAAAGAGACUUCGGUUGACACACAAUCAACUACAGUCAAUCAAAAGAUUUCGUUCGCAAAUGCGACUGAGCUCGAAAAGCGUUUAAACCAACUCCAACAUGAACGUUCCUUGUGCAACUCAAAUGAGGUUUCAACCUCAAAAGCCCAGCAACUUCGACAGGGAAAGCAACAACAAAAGUGUCUGGAGCCAACGCAAAAGCAGGAGCAUGAGCAGUUUGCACAGCAACAGCAACAGCAAAAGUUUCAACAGCUUCAACAACUGCCUCAAAACAGGCUGCAACAAAAGCAGCAGCAACAACUGUAUGUACAUCAGCAACAGCAGCAAAAGUUACCACUGCGUCAACAUCAGCAGUCCCAAAAUAGGCCACUACAACAAAAGCAACAGCAACAUCAGUAUGUACAGCAGCAACAGCAAAAUGUCUGUCAGCUCCAACUACCGACCCAGCAUACCCCACAACAAAAGCAACAGCAACAUCAUUCCGUACAACCGCAGUUGCAGCGGUUUCAGCUACAACAGCAGCUGCAACAACCUAAACAGCAAUCCCAGAAGUUGCAACAAAAGCAGCAACAGCAACAGUCUGCACAAAACCAAAAGUCUGCACAACAGCAUCAGUUCGAACAGCUUCAGCAACAGCAGCAGUUGCAGCAGUAUCAGGAAGAGCAGAGCCAAAAGCAACCAUCGCAACAAAAUCGGCUAAAAGAGGAAAAGUCUGCAAAACAAGAGCAGCCGCAACAGCAGUUGGAACUGAUGUAUCAAAAGCAGUUUCAACGAAAGCCGAAUCUGCAAAAGCAAGAAAAACAGCAGCCUGUACAGCCGCCUCAGUUACAACAGUUUCAAAAACAAACCUCCCAAAAGAGGUUACAACAUCAUCAGCAGCAGCACUUUCAACAGCAGUUCCAGCAACAGCAACCCGUGCAAGCGGCAAAACAACAGUCAAAGCAACAGCAGUUGCAACAAAUUCAGCGGCAAGAUCUCCAGCAAGAUAGUAGUACACAAGAUAACAAAGAACAGUUACCAGAAAGUGAGCAUCAAAAGGAGCAAAAUCAGCCACGUUCACAACAGGACAAAGAACUGCAGAAGCUAUCGACGCAGUCAUCAAAACAACGUUUAAACCAGCAAAAAAAGGCACAUAUACCGCAAAAUAAAAACGAACCGCAACCAAAGCAGCCGCAACAGCAUCAGAAGGAGAAUGAAGUCCAGGAACAGUGCUCAAAAGAGAACAGAGAUAUAAUGGAACAACAAGAACCCAUUUCAGACUAUCUGGAUACACCACAGAAUCAGCAACAGAACCAUAAAGUGCAACAGAGACAGCAAGAGAACCAGCCAAUUCAACAGAGACAGCAAGAGAACCAGCCAAUUCAAGAGAGACAGCAAGAGAACCAGCCAAUUCAACAGCAACACAUGCAGCAACAACAAAAAGAAAUUAAUAAUCAGUCCCAGAUGGAAACACAAUCUCAACCUAAGAAGCACCAGCAAUUGUCACAAGUGGUACAGGAGCAACAGCAAAAGCAACAGCAGCAACAACACAACCAAGUGCAAAACCAUCAAUCAAAGAAAACGAAGAAGCAAUUAAAGAGAGAGCAGAGGCUGCGUAUGUUACAGGAGCAGCAGUUUGGCAAGAACACAACACAGCACCAUGAAAAACAGCAAACACAACAGCAACAGAACCAAGAGCAAACGGAGCAUCUUUCAAAUCAAGCACCACGGCCACAACCUCAACUGAACCAGCAGAUAAAACUGCAGUCCAAGGAACUCAAAGAUCAGGAGACUCUCAAAGUCAAAGUGCAGCCAGAAAAUCAAAAACAAAUGCUAAUGGAGCAGCACACAAAACAACAACAGCCAACACAGCAAAAGCAGGUUCAUCAAGACCAACAUCAGCUCCAGCAAACCCUGACAGAAGAAACGACCAAGAAACAUGACCAACACGGACAGACAAAACAAAAGGGUGACUUUGCGGCUAAUAACGGGCAAGGCAAACCCUCCAAAGAAGAAGCUGUAAAGCUUGACCUAGCUUCGACAUACAAAGCAAAGCCAGGUCGGAAAUUAACCGUGCAAAAUGAUUGUGUGUUGCACGUUAAAACACAACAUGGGAAACCAGUUCCUUUAAUGACUAUCGAUUUCUCUAAUCCGGGACCACUGAAUCCCAACCACCCUCUUCAGCCACCAAGAGAGCUCGCAACAACGGCCGAUCCAAGCAAACAGAAAAGUCAGAAAAGGUCUCUCUGUGCAACUUCAUCUAAUGCAGAUGCCCGACCGCAAACUCUUCUGUCCACCCAUCCCUCGAUACAGGCACCACGGUCUACUAUUUCCUCACAGCUCAACGUUCAAGGUAACCAAGGAUCUGCUCUCAAUGAGGUAUCUCAGGAGAUAACCAAUUGCAAGCAGACCACCUUUGUACCUCUAAAGAAAACAUUCAGAACAGCUACCAAAUUGAACUGUCGGCAUAUUCCCAGUCAGUUGGAAUCUCAGCAGAUUCCCGAUCAUUUGGAGAAAGAACAAAUAAAAAUUCAAGAUCAGAAGGAGCCAGACGAAUUACAACAGCAACUGCAGCAAGAGCAGCAGCAACAGAAACAGAAACUGCAGAAGCUGAAACAAAACCCUCAUAAGAAGCAACAACAUCUUCAAAAACAGCUUCAACAACGGCGACAGCAGGAAGAAGAACAACAGCAGCAACAGUUGGCUGUAGAGUCCACAAGUCCUGGACGGGAAAAACUAAAAGCCGUCCACAAACAGCAACCCCAUCCUCCGGCGUUUGCUGCAAGUGCAGCAGCGCUUCAGGCUCAACUUGCCCUCCAUCCGACCCAGCCAACCCACACCGCGCGGAAACACAAGUCAGUGACUGGAGACGCCACCAUGGAGAUUUUCAAAACUUUACAGGCCCAGGACUCUACCGCUGCGCCGCAGACCAAUACCAACAGCUCGGGAGCUCAAAUGCAACAAAGCGUCGCCUCCUGGGCCGUUGUUUGCGAUAGGAUGCCAGAUCAGGACUUUCUGAACAAACCGUCUGCCGAUGGGACGGGUAAAAAAGAACGACGCGAGGGACAGGGGUUUUUCUCGAGGAUAUUUGGCAGAAAGCCCAAGGCUGAAUCGACUACUAUAAAGCACCAGAAGGCAAAGGAGAUAUCGUCGAGCCUCGAAGAGUUGUCGGCUGACAUGCAGGCUCUAAAGAUUGACUCAGCCUCUUCAAUUCAUGAAAUGGAGGCUCCGGUUGACAUCGACGCCGACCAGACGCGAUCAGAUACAAAGAGUCAAUCGUCCAGCUCAGACGACGAAGAGGGAUCCUCCUCGGCUGAGUCUGAUGAAUCAUCGGACCCGCAGCCCCCAAGCUGCAUGGAGACAUGGGAGAUCGCCGACGACGUAGUGGAGAAGGCGUUGUGCCUACUCCCAAUUCAGGUGGGUACCGUACACUCUCGGAGGUUCACCCUCCCAGACUGCCCCUUUGAGCCGGAGCUUGUCCAGAGGCUUGUCUUAGACGCCCUGGAGGCCAAGCGGGGAUUGAAGCGGAUAAAGGAGGACCAGACGCUCCUGAUGACCUUCCGAGACUGCCUGCUCAAGUUCUUCGAGGGGAAGGAAGUCACCGACGUGCUACCACCUUGCAAUCACCCGCCGGGGUCGAACCAGUGCAACAUGCAGCCGGUCAUCCAGCCUCUGGUGGGAAUCAUCAGGCAUGUUCUUCGGGAAAAGAAGACCGUAGCUGAGCCACCCAGGAAGGCUGCACUGAGACCAACGCAAAACAGGAGAGGGCAAGCGGAACAUGGAGAACUGCGACCUAGACGUUAUAUUAAAAUCAAAAGGAAAUUGACAACAGCAAAGGCUUUGAGGACCCCGACUAAGCUCCUUGUCCGUUUCUGCAACACGUGCGGGGACAGCAAGCAGCCGAACGGCCAGCCUCUGUUCAGCUGUGGCAGGUGUCAGGACGUGGUCUACUGCAGCCGGGAAUGCCAGAACGUGGACUGGAUCACGCACAAAUUCACUUGCCCUGGCGGCGACCGGCACUCCUACUGCAAACACCACAACACCUAGACUCUCGUAAACGGGGCCUCACUUUCAUGGCUCUGCUAACUACGGAAUUUUGUGCUUUGGCCUACAAUCAGCAUUCUGUGCAUGCAGUGCUAGCACAGAAAGUCUGUGUUAACCCUAUAAGCACACAAUGUUUUAGGUAUGGAGUGGACACAAGCCGAAUUUGAAAUUAGCAUUGAAAGCGAGGCCCUUAAUAAUGGGGCGAGGACUGGAGGAGAUAAGGCCACAAAUGACCAAAAAUGACAAGUGUGGAGAGCCUCGGCUUUGAUGCUAUUACUUUAUGCGUUGCAUCUCAGAGGGUGUUCUUUGUUGUGUAAUUUACCAACAAUUAAUGUAUUAAAAUCAAAUGCCUAUCUACAGUGACCGCCUUACAAGCGCAUAAGGUCUAUUUGAAGUUUGGCCAUGUCAAAUUUCAGGAAUAUCUGCACAAACGAUUGGGAAUAUCGCAGCUCAGCUUGGUAGUUUAGCUUAUACGCAAACUGCAAAUGUUUACAUCCUGUUAUUAAUGAUUCUGUGUGCGACCCCUCUAUAAAAGAACACGGGCUGAACGGCAGAUUCUUAGUGGUCUUCUUUGGGUGAGAGUUUGUCCAAAAAGUCAAUGGUCAACCCACUAAAAAUUGAAAAGAAAAUGAAAGAUGACAUGUCGAUCAUUAUUUGUCUGUGCAGCCUGAACACCUGUGGGAAUUCUGAGUAUUUUUUAAAAGAGUUUUGAAGUAUGGAGAUUAUCACCGGUGUCCAUCGGAAUUGUUAUAGUGGGGUGCACCCAUAGUAGGUAGAGGAGGGUUCGCAUCGCAAGCGUAUGGCAUGUGCUUAAUAAGCACCUGUACUGAUGUCAUCAGACGUCACGUCAUGUCAUCAGUGUGACGUCAUCAGUACAGAGGCUUAUUACAGCUGAGGAUUGCUUAGAAGUUCUAGUCUUUUACGUGUGAUGGAGCUGUUGGCACAGAAUGUUGGUUAUAAGCAAAGAAUCAUGUGUUUAGUAUAGCCAUGAAUUUGAGACAUAGAUAAUCAUGAACGUGUUUCAUGUCGUAUAGUUUAAAAGGUUGGCGAAGGACACGAUUGGUUUAAUAUUUUGAUGUUUCGAAUCCCUCAUAUCAAGUCUCGCGCCAUCGCAUUGUGUAUAGAUGUUGGGACUUGUCUAAGGAUGUUAUUGGAUUUUUAAUCACUCACAAACAGGAACAAUGCAAUACAAAAAAAAAUGUGUUGAAUGGUCGGUGCCAGACUAUUUAGCGUUCAAAGCCUCAUUUUCAUUUUUUUUUUUAAUGUGGCUGAAACAUUACUGUAUAUUUAAUCAAAAAGUUUAAGCUAUUCAUCAGAUGCAGAGCAGACUGUUAUUAAUUUGUGAUUAAAUUUAUGUCAUUGCUUUCACAAUUUCCACAAAAUGAAGAUUUUACCUCGCUUUCAAUUUAAUAUGGCCGACUCGUGAAUAAAGCCGAUUGGGUCGCAUUGGGACAUAUUCAAUGUGACCCAACGGAAUCCUAUAGUAAUUUGGGAAAUCUUCAAA